AUGGCGGCGGCCUUGGCUCGGCUCGGGCUGCGGUCGGUAAAGCAGAUUCGUGUUCAGUUCUGCCCCUUCGAGAAGAACGUGGAGUCUACGAGGACCUUCCUCCAGGCGGUGAGCAGCGACAAGGUCCGCUCCACAAACCUCCAGUGCUCGGUGAUUGCGGACGUGAGGCACGACGGCUCCGAACCCUGCGUGGACGUGCUGUUUGGAGACGGACACCGUCUGAUUAUGCGCGGCUUCCACCUCACCGCCCAGGAGAUGCUCACUGCCUUCGCCUCCCACAUCCAGGCUAGGAACGCGGCCACCGGGGAUAAGCCGGGCCCGGGUCCCAGGCGGGGCUGA